UACUUUCUCAACAUUUCGGUAACGUUAUGCUACGCCUCAAACUACAGGAGAAAAACACACACUAGCUGUUGCUGUCUACACCCUGCCGAGGCCGGUGCUGUCGGGAUUUACCUGUAGAUAUAGCUCAUGCGCUACAAUAAAUAACGAUAUUUAUUUUUUUUAACAUAUUUUCCCCUCACCGAGGAGAUUUCUUCCACCGAGGCAACAAUCAUACAAAAGGCCGUCGCUGGAAACCAACGACUCGUCGGAGAAGCUAUCGGUGUGUCUGGAGCAAGGACUGGCAAAAAAAAAAAACAAACGGCACUUUUAGGCCGCUUUUCUGUCGGUUUCCUCCGCGGCCGGUAUAGCAUUGCGUUACGGUGUUAUUACGGAGACUGUCGAGCGAGGACCGUGAUUUUCUUCUCCGCUUGGCCAUGCGAGGAGCUCGGAUCUUCACAGCAGAAUGUUUCGCCUUCCCCCGGCGUUAGCUCUGCCGCGGCUCCAUGGCCAACAGUAACAACAUGCUCCUGGCCUCUGCCGUGGUGGUGUGGGAAUGGCUCAACGAACACGGCCGGUGGCGGCCCUACAGCCCCGCCGUCUCCCACCAAAUAGAGGCGGCCAUCCGGAGCAGCGACCCCCGCGGAGGGAGCGUGGUCCUUGGCCAGGUGGACAGCCGGCUCUCGCCCUACAUCAUAGAUCUCCAGUCCAUGCACCAGUUCAGACAGGACACAGGAACCAUCCGUCCGGUGCGGAGGAGUUUUUAUGACCCAGCCUCGGCCCCAGGUCAGGGCUGGCAGUGGGAGUGGGAAAAUGACGCGGGUACGUGGACGGCCUAUGACAUGGAGGUGGCCAUCGCAAUUGAGAACGCCCACAAUCAGCAGCCCUGCCUCGACCUGACACCACUCGGCUUCUGCUACCUCAUUGAUUUUCAGAACAUGACACAGGUGAACAGACAGAGCCAGAGGUUUCGGAGGAUUCAGAGACGUGCUGACAUGGCCUACCCUCUAGUGUCCGGUCCUCUCCCGAUACCCAAAGGAGGCGGUGUGGGAGGAGGUGGAGGCUUAACAGGAGCCCUGCUGGGUGUUGGUGUGUCGGGGGCCAGCAUGGGGAUCGGAAGCUCUGUUUACCCCAAUGGGGGCUUACCGCCCACUGGACUGGGCCAGCCUUGUUCCUGCCAGCAGUGCAUGCUGGUCCUUAGUGUGAAGACCAACACAGGAGGAGCAGGGGGAGGAGGUGUAGGGAUACAGACUCUAGGUAGACGCUCACUAACCUUGCAGCGGCCCAAGAAUUCAGUACCCAUCCCCUCUAAACCUCUGAGUCCAUCUAAAUCAGCCACUCUGGGACGAGGACAGCAGCAAAACUCCAACUCCAACUCCAACUACUAUCAGACGCUGCCACACGGCCUCGCCAUCUCCAAAAACGUCGCCUCUCCGAGAAGGAACGCCCAGCUCUUUGCUCAGUCACUGGCUGCCCUCACCGCCGGCACCUCCUCUCUGGGUAUCUCCUCGUCUUCCAGCAGGCCGCCUCCACCAUCCCUCCCGCCUCCCCAGCCUCCAUCAUCCAAUCCAAAUCUGAACCCUCCGUCCAUCCCGGCCAAGCACUCCUCAUCUUCAGCCAACGAAUCAGUGCCAACCGCCACAUUGAUUACCCCUGCCAACAGCGUGACCACGCCGCCUUCUCCUGUGCCAUCUCCGUCGCCGGUGGUGAUGAAGCCGCAGCGCACGCCGUCUUCGGCAGCGACAGUGUGCCAUGCCCCGUUGCCACAGAGAUCAAGCUUAGCCGGGCUGAGCAGACCAGCAUUACAGAGGAUUGCAAUGGCCCAGUCCAGAGCGCUCAUAGCAUCAGGUGUGCCCACUGUCCCAGUGAAGAACCUCAAUGGAUCCAGUCCGGUUCACCCUGCACUGGCUGGGAUCACAGGUAUCCUGAUGAGCGCUGCCGCUCUACCCGUGUGUCUGACUAGACCUCCAAAACUCGUGCUGCACCCUCCGCCUGUCAGCAAGAGCGACAUCAAACCUGUGCCAGGCUUUGGCCACUGCUGCAGGAAGACCACCAAGAAACAGGCUCGCAAGGGUAAAACUCCAGAGGAGGUGGUAAAGAAGUACCUGCAGAAAGUAAAAAGUCCACCAGAGGAGGACUGUACCAUCUGUAUGGAGCCGUUGGGGGGGCCGUCUGGAUAUAAGGGUCCAGGGGUGGGGCCUGUGUCUCGAGCAGAGUCUGUUGGGCGGCUAGCACAGUGUGGACACCAGUACCAUUUCCAAUGUUUGGUGGCCAUGUAUAAUAAUGGCAACAAGGACGGCAGUCUUCAGUGUCCAACUUGCAAAACCAUCUAUGGCGUAAAGACAGGCAACCAACCAGCAGGGAAGAUGGAGUACCACGUCAUCCCGCACUCUCUACCAGGGCAUCCUGACUGCAAAACCAUACGCAUCAUCUACAACAUACCACCAGGCAUUCAGGGACCAGAGCAUCCGAAUCCAGGGAAGCCCUUCACUGCCAGAGGCUUUCCCCGACACUGCUACCUCCCAGACAGCGAGCGAGGACGCAAGGUACUGAGACUGCUCCUGGUAGCAUGGGACCGCAGGUUGAUCUUCUCAGUUGGGACUUCGAGCACUACUGGAGAGUCUGACACCGUCAUCUGGAACGAGGUCCACCAUAAGACAGAGUUUGGCUCCAACCUGACGGGCCACGGCUUCCCCGACCCCGGACACCUCGACAACGUCCUGGAAGAGCUCCGGGCUCAGGGCAUCACAGAGGAUGAUGGACUGAUGGAAAAGUGAAAGGACAAGCGACCGGAGCAGCCGAGCAGGAAGAGACAUCCAUGCGAGAGCAGUGAAGAGUGGAGGGCAGGACGAGGAGUGGAGGAAGAGAAAAUAACACAAGCAGGAGGACGAAAAGAGGAGGUCUGGACUGAGACACACACUCUCUGCCAGCACUUAAAAUGGUUGCAGGGGGACAUUUUGGGUUGUAGAAAACAUUGAUAUUGUGUUGCAAUGGAAACCACUUUUCAAGAUGUUGACUGAGUCACUGCUGGUUUCUCCCGUCAGUGCAGGUCUGUCCAAACUUCACAGAUUCGUAAGCAAGCACACAACAGAAGCAGGAGGGAGUUUGAGGAAGCUACAGCACAGAGAGGAGGAGGAGGAGGAGGAGGAGGAGGCAGAAAGAAACCAGCAGAAAGAAUGAUAGCACUCAUGGUUUUAGCUACUAAACAGCUAGGUACUAAAAGUGAGAAUGAAUAGGUACUUAUAUUUAGGACAAAAACAAGUUCACUUUACUGAGAGAGAGAAUAACCGGGGAAAGAAGGUAACAUGUUCGAGCAGUUCAACGACAACUGGGAGAGAAAGGACAAAGAGAGAGAAGUUGUAGCAGUGGGGGAGGGGACAGGAGGAGGGAACGCAGGAAUAAUGUAGCAGAAAGAGACAAAGAUGGUGUACGAAUGCAGCGUAGGAUAGGAGUAGAGUAAAAUUAACUUGUAUGGUACUUAACAGGUACUUUGACUAUCACUAAAAACACAAAAACUAAGAGUGAUGAAGGGAGAGAGACUGAGACUGUGUGCUGGCUUUGUUCAAACCACCUGCUUGUCUGUGCUCAAAGUGCUGUUGCGCCCUCUCGUGGCGGUACCGAUGAACUACACCUCAGCCUGCGAGCUACUGGAACACAUCCAAAUGUUACUCUGAGUUAUCCACCUGUGGUACUACAUUUAACGCCAUUCCAUUCAUUACCUCCGACUUGUGACUCGAUGGGUUCACGCGACCUCGGCUCUGCGUGUUUAUGAUUGUGUGUGAAAUGACAAAAGACCAAAUGAAGGCCUGCUCACCCGGGCCUAUUUGGAGUCUUACUAUUGAGCCACUGUGGUACAAGUUAAUCUUAGAUACACAGGUACCAGUAUUUACUUAAAUAUGUUUAUUUGUGUCCCCUCUGUUGGUUCACAUGGUGUGAGUGGAUGUAAAGGCUGUAUCCUGUACGCAGCGCGGCACCAGGGAGAGAAGGCGAGGAUGUGAGGGGAAACAUGAUGAAGAUGUUUGCAGGUUUCUAGAUGAAAAGCUGAGGAUUUACUUCAAAGCCUAAGUGUUUCAUUUGAGUUGAAUGAGCUUUGCUGACAGCGCUGCAAGAGAAAUGAAGCAGGAGCCUGGUGCCGAGCUUACGUCCAGAAAGCCUCUCAGACUGGGCAGACGGCCGGAGGGUUUAGGGGGAUGGAGAGGACAGACUCUAAGUAGACCUGAAGCAGAAGUCAAGGCCGGGUCAAACAUAUUAAAAAAUAUAUAAAAGCAAUGUUCAAAUAAAUUGGUCAAUCUUUAAACUCCCAAACUGACAGUGAAACAUCACAAUAAAACAGACAUCUAUUAAAGGUCCCAUAUUUUUUAAAAUAUAAAUCCCCCUCUGGUGUGUCAUCAGAGAUUAAAAAAAAAGUAAGACUAUUUCUUAAUUGUUACGUGAGAAGUUAAAUUGAAAGUUCCUGAAAGCGACAAAACAUAAUACAGUCAUUUUUUUAAAGCCUCUGGGAAAACUUUCUUCAUAUGUAAUUUAGGGUCUUAUGGGCAUAACAAAAAGCAUAAGAAAUGAUCAGACAUUAACCACAGUUUCGGGCUUCCUUUAAAAACUACAGGGUUUGGUCAGAGUAAUUCAAGAGGUUUUAUUGGGGUGGGAAAACUUACACCUGUAUUGCCAAAGUAAGUGUGAAAGAAAAACAAAAACAGUGCAUAUAUUAAGUAAAGAUCUACCACACAGUGAAUCACUUCAGCAUGUAAAUAAUUCGGCCAGUCUGUGAUGUCAUUUCUUUCUGUGACGGUGUUACAAUUUCUCUGAGAAUUUGAAAUAAUGCUAUCAAUAUUCUGGUAACUUUUUUAGCAGAUUUUUUAGGGAAAAAAAAUAUUUUGCCCCAGACAAGCAAUGUGUUUGAAAAAAAGCUAAAAUCUAAAAGAUACAUAAUAUGGGACCUUUAAUCUAUGAUUUACGGCUUUUCUUUCUCUCUUUAUGGAGAUCACUAGCAUCAUUCUUAUCUUGACAACUCCCUGAAUCUCUGCCUCUCCUGACUGAUUACACACUGCCCGGUCUUUGAGUUGGGUCUGAAAAUCAUAAUGUUACGAAAUGUGUGUGUGAGUGUGUGAGAGAGAGAGAGAAAAAAAGAGAAUCUGUGUACUGUGUAUACUACCAACAUGCUCCCAGUUUCGGGUAUUAUUUCGGUACUCCACGGGACUCCCAUCAUCCUUUAACUGUAGUGAUGACUGAUGAUGGCACUCCCUUCCUUUUUUAUUAUGUUAUUUUAAUAUGAAAUGUAGUUACACCUUUGCUUUUUUAUAGCAUUUCUUGACACUAUUCUAGAGUAAACUGCCUUUUUUCAUUUUGUAUGUUUAUGUUGUAUUAAUUAUGCCCCUUUUCAUUUGUUACAGUUGGUUUACAAAGACGAUGUUGUUAAAUAUUGUCUUUUUUUUUCAUUGUAUACAAAAGUUAAGCUGAUUUGCAUCAUCUUUUCUUUGGAAAAGGAUUUUGAUGGUAGACUUUUAUCUGAGUGUGAAAUGUAAUGAAUUUAAGCAGCAAACCCAUGUACACUUGCUCUUCUGUGAGGUAAAAAAAUAUUUUUAUUUUCUACAUAUCAUCUGUCCUGCUUCUGUUCUGCACUGAGCCUUUAUCUGUCCACCGGACCUCUCAACAUGUGUGACCCUGGAAGGUUUCGUAGCAGAUAUGAUGAUGGACAUUGGUGUUUGUCUUAUGUCCAACUGUCUUAAAGCAGCAGAAUAGUUCGAGCGCAGGCAUGAUGAAAAUGAUCCUUUUAAACAUUGUAAAAUGUAAUAAAAUCACAGUUUUCUCUGGUGUUGGUGCAGUUUUCUUGCUCCGUUGGCCCAAACACUGCACAAUGACAUGGGAAAACCCUGAUUUUCUAUGAUCCAUAAAUCACUUUGUUAAUUUUAACUCGUCUUUUUGACAUUAAAAAAAAAUCCUUUUAAAAGCAAUGAACAAGAAAUUUAAAUAUUUCUCUUGACUUGAUAACGGUAUGAUUUGAAUCUGAUUUGACCUUGAAGUGUGUUUAUCUUGAACCCCAUGUGUCUUUAGAAGAGCAUAAUGUUUGAUUUGAAGGCUUCGGUCCACAGUGUGCAGUGUGUGAAGCCAACGUGAGCUACGACUCGUAACUCACCGUGUCAGUUUUGUCCCUGUCUUAAAAAUGUGGAUUUCUUUCCCAUCACCAGUUCUCAUCCCUGCUGAGGGCCAAACCUGCUCCAGAAGUGUGUGGAUCAGGGCCUUCUGUGACGUUGUCCUCUUGUUUGUGAGGGGUGGGGCGGGGUGCUGGUAUGGAGAGAGAGCAUCAACAGCAAAGUGUACAUAUUGCAAAAUAAUUGCUGAAGUAUGGAUGAUUAAUACAAGAAAAAAAUAAAGAAUGAAUGAAACUUA